CAGGUCCAAUUUAAAUAUGCUUCUGCCCUGAAAUUUCUACCUGUCAGAACAAAAAACCAAGAGGCUAGAAUCUCACACACAAAAAUAUAUAGUGAGAGAAAAUAUAUAGUGAGAGAGAUUGUUUUGUUUAUAUGUUGGAAAUGGUGAGGAUUUGAGUAGAAAUAUAUUUUUUUGUUGUUGUGUUGUUUUGUAAGGACAUGAAGAGUGAGGAAGAUUCAGUUCUAUGGGGAACGAGAUGAUGAGGAGGAAGACAAAACAAUGGAAUGAUAAGAAGAAGCAGAAGAGGAAGCUGAGGCCAUGUUGUGAAAUUCAGAGCAGAACAAGACAAACACAAGUAGUUAUUUCUUCUGAACCAAAACAAACAACUAAGCCAAAACAUUCCUCUAAACUAGCUUAUUCUACUACUACCACUACUGCUACUACUACUUCUACUAACUCCUACCAACCUUUCUCAUUCGUUCCCAUGCUUCUUGUUCUUUUCCUCUUUGUUUCUUUCCUUUCUUUCCCUGCAUUUUCUCUCCCCCAUCACCCUUUUCCGGCCAACCAAACAUUCCGGCCUGAAAAAGAGCUACAAAAGCUGAAAAGGGUCAAUGCUUAUUUGAAGAAAAUCAACAAGCCUGCUGUCAAGACAAUUCAGAGCUCAGAUGGUGAUGUGAUAGAUUGUGUGCUUGCUCAUCUCCAACCAGCUUUUGACCAUCCUCUGCUUAAAGGGCAGAAGCCAUUGGAUCCACCAGAGAGGCCUAAAGGCCAUGAAAGUAAAGAGACAAUUCAAGAGAGUUAUCAGCAGUGGACUGAGUCAGGUGAAUCAUGCCCAGAAGGAACUAUUCCAGUGAGAAGAACCACAGAGAAAGAUAUUUUAAGAGCAAGUUCCAUUGGAAGAUAUGGUCGAAAACCAAGAAGACAUGUUAGGAGAGACUCAACUGGCAGUGGCCAUGAGCAUGCAGUUGUAUUUGUAAAUGGGGAACAAUAUUAUGGAGCAAAGGCCAACCUCAAUGUUUGGGCACCAAGGGUCACUGAUCAAUAUGAAUUCAGCUUAUCACAAUUAUGGGUCAUCUCAGGUUCAUUUGGCAAUGAUUUAAACACCAUUGAAGCAGGCUGGCAGGUUAGUCCAGAGCUAUAUGGUGACAACUAUCCAAGAUUCUUUACAUAUUGGACAACAGAUGCAUAUCAAGCUACUGGAUGUUAUAACUUACUAUGCUCUGGCUUUGUCCAAACAAAUAACAAGAUAGCUAUUGGAGCAGCUAUCUCUCCUAGGUCAUCUUACAAUGGGAGGCAAUUUGAUAUUGGUUUGAUGGUUUGGAAGGAUCCAAAGCAUGGGCAUUGGUGGUUGGAGUUUGGGUCAGGUUUAUUGGUUGGAUAUUGGCCAGAUUUCUUAUUCAGCCACCUUAGAAGCCAUGCAACCAUGUUGCAAUUUGGAGGUGAAAUUGUAAAUAGUAGAUCUUCUGGUUUCCACACAUCCACUCAAAUGGGCAGUGGUCAUUUUUCAGGAGAAGGUUUUGGGAAAGCAUCUUAUUUCAGAAACUUACAAAUAGUGGAUUGGGACAAUAACUUGCUCCCCUUGUCAAAUCUUCACCUCCUGGCUGAUCAUUCUAAUUGUUAUGACAUAAGACAAGGAAAAAAUAAUGUAUGGGGUACUUACUUUUACUAUGGAGGUCCUGGGAGAAAUGUAAGGUGUCCUUGAAAUAAAAAUUGCCAUAAGAAUUAAGAUAUAGAAAAAACAUUUUCUUUCUUUUUUCUCUUUUUUUUUUCUUCUUUUUUUGGUUAUUAUUUUAACAAAAAAAAAAUCUGGGUUUUAGUUUUCCUUGUUAGGUUUUAACAUGGUUUGGGUGAUUUUGAUAUUUUUCCCAUUAUAAUGUUUUCCUUUUGUUUUUUUGAGGGGAUUUAUAAUCAUUUGAUUAUCCCACCUCUUGGGCUUUGUAAAUUUGGGGAACAUACAAAGUGUUAAUAGUACUGGUUUGUGUAGUA